GCAACAACACGGUUCUUGCCUCUCGCCCUCCAAACUCGAAUUUAGGGUUACACCACAAGGUUGGAGCUUCUGUAACUUGUAGGCUGCAGGGCAGUGAGGGAGAAACAAAGAAAAGGAAGAUAGAAAAAAAAUGGCUAGUAGCUGUGCUAGACGAACUCUUCUAAGCUCCUCUGCAUCUGCAGCUACCAUUCUAAAUGGUUGCAGGUCAUCGUCAUCUUCACAUAUCGCUUCAGGGGCGACUAAGCUUGGGGGAUUCGCUUCAACAAGGCCCACUUCUGCUCGUCUUUCUCGACAUAAGCUUCCCUUAUUCUCCAGGCUUCCUGUGGAGUUAGGUUGUGCUCAGUCUUUGAUGCCAUUGCACAGUGUUACUGCUUCUGCAUUGCUCAAAUCAAUGCUUUCUUUAAAUGCUGGAAACUGGGGAUGGCUUUCUGAAGGAUUUGCAACGCCUCUAUAGCAGGGCUAGUUGUCCCAAGAUACAACUGAAGACAAUCCAAUCAUAAGGAGAUGCUUUCUGUUGUCAUGUGGAAUACCUUAUUUCAAUUUUCAGAGAGAUUUUGGGUCGAGUGCACCGGCAAUAAUUCUUGUUUCUGUUUCUGGAUUUUCUAAUUAAUACACUUAUUAUUUCAUCAUCC